UUUCUGUCAGACUUGUUAAGUCAUGUGCGGCUUCCUUUGAUUGCCACCGAUUACCUUAUACAGCGUGUGGAAAGAGACAUGAUCAUCAGAAACAAUGUCGCUUGUCGAGAUUUAAUAGACGAGGCAAAGAAUGUGAAACUUUAUCCUUCUUUGGUGAAAGUAAAUAUCAGAGCUCAACCACGCAAGUCCACUUCCGGAGCCUUAUUUUCAAUUGGUGGUCGUGGAAAGUCAGGCGAUCCUCUUCAGUGUAUUGAGUGCUAUGAUUGGUUCCACAACUGUUGGUUCCAGGUAGCAGAAGUUUCUACACCUCGAAGGCACGUGGCAGUAGCUUCUGUUGCAGGCAAGGUCUAUGCAAUUGGAGGACAUGAUGGCAGUCAACACCUUAAUACUGUGGAGUGUUUUAACCCUGAAAUUAACCAAUGGAAGAUAGUUGCGUCCAUGGAAAUUUCACGACGAGGAAUGUCUGCUGGUGUCCUGGAAGGAGUGAUUUAUGUCGCUGGAGGUCUGGACGAAACAACCUGCUUUGAUGCUGUAGAAAGAUAUGAUCCUGAAAAUGAUACUUGGAGCAUGGUGGCACCUAUGCUGAUGCCUCGAGGGGGAGUGGGUGUAGCGGGGCUAGGUGGUUACCUCUAUGCUGUUGGUGGUAAUGAUGGUGCUGCAUCUCUUCAGAGUGUGGAAAGGUACAACCCUCACACCAACAAAUGGAGCCGAGUUGCAUCCAUGAACCGCAGAAGAGCAGGUGUCGGUGUUGCUGUUGUGGGUGAGUUCUUGUAUGCAAUUGGUGGAUUUGAUGACUCUUCUCCUUUGGAUUCAGUUGAGAAGUAUGACCCACGUACCAACCAGUGGACCUAUGUGGCCAGCAUGACAACAUGUAGGGGAGGGGUGGGCGCUGGUGCAAUGGGAGGACGCUUGUGGGCAGUGGGAGGCCAUAAUGGUGAACAAUAUUUGAACUCAGUUGAGUCAUACAACCCUUUGGCUGAUCUCUGGGAGGAAGGUGCACCAAUGCAUGUGUUUCGUGCAGGUUCUGGGGUUGUUGGAAGCUUUUGCGAUGUUGAAGUGUUACGUAAUUCACAGGAUGCAAUUAAUCAUAGAUUAAAAGUAGAUGUUUAAACACUAAGGUAUUUAUCAUCAAGUUGUUGGCUUUGAGAAGGGGAUACAUUUGUAC